CAUUGUGUUCAAAUCCAGACAUCAAAUCGAUUACCGUGUUUCUCACUAACCAAGCAAAUUGCAUAUUUAGAACUGUUAACAUUCUACUCCCUUUGUUGUAGCAAGACAGAUAAUAUAACUUCACCCAGUUAGAACUUAUGUAUAAAAAUAAAAGUUUGUAAUAAUUUGUUAAUUCAUGAACGCUGCCUUGAUUACGCUUUAAUACUUUUCAGUUGUUUUAUUGAAGUGCAUCAUGGAACCUUAAAAGCUGUCGAGAUACCGCAAGGAAUUCUGGGAGUGAAGGAAGGGAACCAUAUUUUUCCGAUAUCACAUAUGCGAAAAUAUUGUGGAGGGAAAGCAGGGAUUCUGCCGUAUUGUAGUUAAUUAUGCCUCUUGUGUGAAUUCAGAACAAAUAUGUAAUUUUAAGGUGUCAGUAAACAAAGUGUUUGUUUUCUUAGUGUAACACUUUAAAGGAAACGGUUGAAAACAGAAGUGAAUUAGCGCAGGUGUUGAGCAGUUUACGGGAUGCAGUGUUGAUGACAUUGAUAUCAAAACAACAGUGGAAUACCUGGGCAGGCCCUUGUACUUGCGCAUAUUGGUAUAAGUGUAAUGUCAGGAAGGAAAAUCUUCCCGGAAAUACAAUCAUAUGCAUCAAAUACGUCAUGCAGAGUUUACCAGAAGUAGUGGCGUGCCUAUGUACAUGUGGUGUGUCAGUGAUGGUGGUGGCUGUUGUGUUGGCAAUACCAUUAGACGAUGGCUGGCAAGCCUGAGCCUCCUCAAAAUCACAUUCAGCACCACCAACAACAACCAAAUGUGCAGAAUGUUGUAGUGUAUGUGUCAAAUGAUAAUUUUGCUGCCCAGGCAUAUGCUACAGCAGUUAACCAGCAGAAUGUUACUGCUUCAUAUCCACAGCAACAAUCCCAACAGAAUGGUGGAACAGGAGCUACAUCAACCCCUUCGAUUCAAUCAGUGGCCCCCUUAGGGGCACCCAUAAAAAAUCUUAAACCUCCUUUAAUCAAAACUCAGGACUUUCCUGCAAGCAAUGGCCUCAUUGGUAAUGUUUCCUUACCUCAGCAGGCAAGUUUCUAUGCAUCGACAAACACCCCAGGUGGGCUUGUGCAAACUAAUGGCUUCCAUCAUAGUCAUGGUUCAAAUGUCAUAAAUAAUAUUGCUUAUAGCAAUAAUAAUGUUGGUCAUAGUGGUGCAAUUUUGAACCAAGGUUUCGGGAGUGGAACGUCUGUGAAGGGCCUUUUGAAUGUAGGAGGUCAUCCAAACAUUGGACAACAGCAGGCUGUUUGUCCAAGCAGCAUUGAGCUACCUUCAGCUGUAAUCGGGAGUUCUAACGAGCAACUCUGCAAUGGAUAUUCCGUUGUGCCUCCGCAGGCCCAAUCUCUUAUGCAGCAGCAACAUCAACAGCAUCAACAACAACAGCGUGUUACUGUUACGUGCGCCCAGACAUUCUUCAGUGGGCCUGACCAAAAGAAUAAUGCACACAACGAAAGUGGUGGAAAUAGUUCCUCAGCCUCUCAGGCUCUUGCGGCAACUAAUUUUAUUACGACCACUCAAGGUGGAGAUGCUGCUAACAUAGUGGCUGUGAUGGGGGGUGAUGGUACUGCUGGUUCGUCGACACCUACGAGUGGAACUGUUGUCUUCCCAAGAUGUGAUUCGGUCCGUUCAGAAACAGCUGAAUCGAGUUGUAGCAGUUUAAGUUCAGCAGACAGUCAACCAGAUGCUGUUACAAACUCUCUGACUUUGCUCAUUCCACCGUCAGCAGCUGCGGCAAGUCACCAUGUGACUCCAGUGAAUAACUCUCAUUUAGUCACGAGCGGGAGCAGUAGUUUAGUUCAUCAGAGUCCAACUGUCGUCCCUCCUGGUCUUAGUAAUGCCACGGGUAUGGUGAUGCUAAAUAGCAGUAUGAAUGUACAGCAGUCUGGCCCUCAGGCUGCGGGAAUAGUGCGAACCCCCAGUGGUGCCAUUUCACUCUCGCAACAGCAGCUAGGCAAUAUCGUGUUAGCUAUGGCAGUUCCUCCAAGUACUGCAGCGCUGAACAAUAAUUUGAUUCAGCCAUCGGCUCCAUCUGUUCCUGUGCAACCAGUGGUACCAACUAUAACUGUGCCAUUUGGUUGGAAGAGACUACAUAUUAAUGGGGCUGUUGUCUAUAUCAGCCCCAGCAACACCGCACUCAGCUCGUUGGACCACCUGAAGGAGUACUUGCAGACGCAAGGCACGUGCAAAUGUGGGCUGGAGUGUCCACUCAAGUGUGACACUGUCUUCAACUUCGACCCCAAGGUGGCCACGAGACCUUGGACAAUGCCUCCGUCAGACUCAACAGUGACUUCACGUGACCUCACCAAGCUGUGUAACCACAAGAGGAAAUUACUCGCAAUGGCUACCUUGGCGGCUGGUCCUGGGUUCAAUUCCCAACAGCAGCAAACGCACGGGACACAGGGUUCAGGAGACACGCAACUUGCGAAGACAAAGAAAGAUGGCCGAGGUGCAACACGCAAGAAACGGAAGGUGAGUGGCACUAGUGGCUUUUCUGGCGUGUCAGUAUCACAACUCUUGGCACAGAGGGAACGGAACCUCACUGCCGGAACACCUCAAGGCAAAGAGCCUGCUGCUAGGGCACUACAGAACUGGAGUACAGGGCCAUCCUCUGCAGGGACAACUCAACACCCUCCAACAGGUGGUCCACAGAUACCAAACAGGGCUCAGUUUCCAGCUCCCAACUUCGGUUCUGAUGCUAAUGUCAUUCAAGGGGUUAACGCUUCUCCACAGUUCGUCCGUUACACAACCCCGAACGGAGGAGUCACUUCUACCAUCUUAGGUGGAAAUAUCAUGGUCCAUCCAAACACAUCACCUGUCCAUCUCAACAGCUUCACCCAGCAGCAACAGAACUUGAUUGGAGUUGCAGGAAACAGUCAACCAAUUAUGAAUCUUCAGGCUGGGAAUCCAGUGAUGGAACAUUCCAAUACACACAACAACAACAACAGUAAUGGGAAUCCUCACCAAGCUGGUAAUACAGCUGUUAUACCUGGUAAUGCUGUAAAUCCUACUGUUAUGAGUAGCAACACAACAAACCCAGUGAUGGUUGGUAAUCCAGGGAAUCAAGUUGUUAUGAGUGCCGGUGGACUGAUGGUUCACAGUGGAGGAAACCCUGGGAUAUUGUGUCAGCCUCAGCAGAGGGUACCAUCUCUGAGUGGCACGUCUGAUGAAAUGCAGAAUGCAAGUGGUGGUGCCAUUAACAGUGCUAACAAGGCACUUCAGCAGCCACAGCAACACGUUAUGUACUCGGGCGUCGUUAAUUCUUCAGGUUCAAGCCAAAAUGCUCAGGAUCUGCACAUGCUAAGAGUGCAACAACAGCAUCAAUUUUAUGGACAGCAACAAAAUCAAUAUCAAGUUCCACAGCCCCGUUUGGAAGAUCAGAGUAAGGUUCUGAUGCAACAGCAGCAGUCGUCCGCAGCGCAGAAUCCGAGGCAGUCGCAGCAGCAGCAUCAGCAGUUUGUGUCUGUGUCAGGCAGUAAUAGCGUUGGUGUUCCAGGAACAACUAAUGUCUUUGUUGAUCAGUAUAACAGAGGACAGCAGGUAACAGGGCCCAUUUCUCAACAACAACAACAUCAAAAUAUUUUACAUAUGCAGCAGCAACAUCAUCACCAAAUGCUGUCAUCGGGUUCAGCUGGAGGUGGGGGGACCAUGAUGAUGCCCCAGCAGAGAGCGCCGCCAUGGCAACAGCAAAACCGUAACAGCUCCAACAGUAUGGGUACAGGAACAACAGUGAUGGCAAUGCAUCAGCAACAUCAUUCUCCGGUAGUUAUGCCUACACCACAGCCUAACCCCUUACCGCCUCCUAGCAGUUAUGACCGUGUACCUCCUCUGCAUCAUCACACACCUCCGCCUCCUGUCUGGGCAGAAGAAGUGUCAAGGAAGAAACCUAAGGGGUCAGGAAAAUCUGGUUCAGCUAGUAGAAAACAGAGGUCAUACAAUAUCAUUGAUCAUCAUCAGCAUCAUCGUGUAGGUAUUACUGGGAUAGCUGGAAGUGGAGGACCUACACCUAUGGAUUCUCAUGCCCCAUGUCCAAACAUUGAUGUUCGUCAGAUUCCUGUAGAACAUAACCGGCCCCCACCAUCUCAUCCUAAUAAUAAUGACAGUUCUAAUUAUGUGGCAGGAUCCAAUCCUAAUAUCCCAUCUUUCAUGGAGGAUCCAAGUGGAUAUCUUGCUCAGCAGACAGCAUUGUUGAACAGCACUAUUUCACGUCAGACUGGUGUUGGUGGCCCCAACUUUCUGUGUCAUAGCCCAGUUCGUAAUCACAUAACUCCUGACCAGCAGGUGCCAAGCCCUCAUAGUGCUGCCGUCAAUCUUCCGACUUCCUGUUCUUCACCGACAACAGUGGGUGUUCCUCUUCCAAGUAAUGUCCUUUUACCAGCCCCAAAAGGAACCUCUGGUUUCACCUCAAGGUCAAAUCCAAAUGUUUCUGUACAACAAUCAAACCUCAAUGUCCAUGCUUCUCUUCAAAGUCCUAUAGCUAUAACAUCACAUCACAAUAUUGGUAGUCCGAUUCCUACAACUUCAGUAGCCACUUCCUCUUACAGUCAGCCUCAAAACCAAGCUUCACCAAUGCUCAGUGUUGGCAUGCCUGACAGCAGUGCACUACCUGAACAGAGGAUGGAAAUGACAAAUCAUUGUCAGGGUUGUGUUGUUAGUUCAGGAUCAUUGCUGCCUGCUUCUUCAUCUGGAGGUGGUUCAGGUGAUAAUAUCUUAUUCCAUCAUCAAAUGCAGCAUCAGAUACAAUCAGUUAUGCAACCUGAACACACCAGUGCCAAUCCUGGUAACCAGCAUAUUCACCAGCAGCAGUCACAGCAACAACAUAACAUGUCAAGUGAAUUUAAGCAUUAUCAUGGGCAGCUUAAUUCUGGGGGAAUGCCAAAUGACACAUUGGCCCACCAGAGUUCCAGUAAUGGGACUGCAACACCUAAUAUUGUGCAAGAAGAGAGUCCUGUAACAUCUUCAACGUUUGAUAGGUUAGGAAACCCUGUGCUUCGUCACCAGGUAUCAAUGACAUCUGACUCAAGAGGGCCAAUCCAAGGUGGUACUGUUAGUACCAGUAAUGGCUCACCCGUGGAGACGUAUAGCUUACCGCAGCCAGAAGCAUCGCCAACCUCAUCCACACCAACUUCGUCACAGAAUUGCCGAAUCCCGGACACAUCUUCAGCAUCAAAUAACGUCUACAUUUCUUCAUCUUCGUCUUCUCCGUUCACUGUACCUAACAUUAGUCCACCUGGACUUUAUUCCUAUUCAAAUCCAUCACAAGGACACUUCCAAGUUCCUAGAAGUGAGACCACUGUUGCCUGUUCUUCACCAGGUAUAUCCAGCCAUCCUGUUAUGAGGCAAUACCCUAACAGACCCAGUGACAACUAUUGCCAUCAUGUACAUGAUCAGACAAGAGGCCAGAAAUUCACAGUUCAGUCUUCAACAAUGGUCACAACGAUGGCAAGUGGCCAUACAGUGAGCAGCAACACAAUAACCUCAGUCCUAGCUGGAAAAGCAAAUACUGCAACAGUGUCAGUUGGAAAUCCUGCAGCACCAACUGCCAACACUCCGCCUACAUCUCUAAUACCUCUUCAACCUCUACCUGGACCGUCAGUGUAUACAAGUCAGGCAGCCAUGGUGACUGUACCACAGGCUUCUGGAUCCAUUCUAGCUGCACACUCGCAAGGUAUGCAAGUGGCCACUGUGUCCAAGUCACCAUUAGAGAUGGUCCAGAGUGUUGUGAGCAGUAUUCAAGUUCCUCCUCAACAGCAGCAGCAGCAGAAUAUGAUGGGGACGGGGAAUGGAGUGCAGACACAACAACAGCAGCAGCAGCAACAAGCAGCAGCUAUUCUGAAAUCCUCUGGGGCACCUCCUGGGCUACCUGCGGGACAUAUCCUUGUCUCAAGUGGUGGCCAGUUGAUAAUGGCAAAUGCCGGAAAUGUGAUGACUCCCCCAGGACCUUCUGCAGGUUUAAUGGCACCACCACCUCAACCUCCUCCUCCCCACUCCAUGGCAAAACUUGUCAGUCAUUCGUCAAUGCCACCCAUGUCAGUAUCGCCCAUGGUGACAAGCGUAACUGCAGCAGUGACUCAGGUUAUCCCCGCUGUUGGAGUGGCGCAGCAAGUCUUGGGUCAGCCAACAGUCUUAGUAAAUGCUUUACCAGCACCUCUUCUUAUCCAGCCUAGUAUGAUGACUGUUGAUGGAAUGACAGGACUUAAUCAGAAUGCCAUGCAGAUUCCUCAUCUAGCAGUUGCAACAGGAAAUGUUAUUCAUCAUUCUCAAGGACCAAACAAUGCAGGGAAUGGCAUAAGCCAGUUGCUCGAUACCAUGAAUCAAGAUCAUUCAGGCUCCAGAAAUGCACAGAACACUUCUGGAUAUGUGCGCCACACACCUCAGCAAACAUCUCUGCUUUCGCCACCUGAAAUAUCACAUCAUCCUUCGCCCACUCCCGGCAACGGGAAAAAGAAAGGAGGUAGUAAGAAGCGAAAAGUUUCUCCCCAAACUGUGGCGUCCAUGUUACAUAUAGCGUCUCAACAGAAUUCCCCGGCAGCUGCAGCUACUGCCACAGCAGCUGGCAUCGUCAUGCAGCAGCAACAGCAGCAGAACUUCCCACAGCAGAGUUUCACAAUGUCUGGCCCACAUCAGAGCAUAGCCACAACUGGACCAAUGCUUCAGGCACUGACCAUAGUCCCUGGGAAAGGUGGAGCCCCAGCGCAGAUCCUCAUGAAUGGGCAACCAGGCACAACUACAGGACAUUUUGGCGCUCAGCAACUUAUUGCUACCCCUGCCACUUCACAACCCCCACAGCAGAUCAAUCUUCUUCAGCCUGUGAAUCUCUUGAAUGGUGCAGCUGGCGUCGUUCAGAACUUCCCAACGUUUCAGCAGUUUAUUGUCCCUAGUUUGGGUGGCAUGGUCAUGGCAACUGAUGGAACCACUACCCUGCUUCCAGAUGCCACCAACCUUGGGGUUCAGUUGCAGCUACAGAAUGUCAAUGGUCAGAAUGUUCUAACUCCUGUUCAGAGUCAUGGAGGAACUACAGUAUUUGGUCAUCCAACUGGACAAAGCAUUCUUGCAGCAGGUCCCGCAGGAAUGGUUAUUCGCACUCCAACCACUGGAAGUAAAAUGGCAACCGGGCCAAUGCUGCAACAGCAAAAUGGUGGAGGGCCGCAGUUCUUGGCAAGUUCCCCUAAUGGAGGACAAUUCCUUAUGAACGGUACGGCAGCCUUUGGCGGACAGCUUAGUCCAUUGGUAGCAAAUGUCAGUCCGAAUCAGCAGAUGUCUUUCACAACAAACACUUCACCUGUAAGAUCUACUACAGGAGCACACCAGCCUCAGCAAGAAUUCCUACAGUGCGGACAGAUGGGGCAGACCCUGAUGGUACCUUGUACAGCCUCCACAACUCAGAACCAUCAGAAUACUACAGUAGUGCAGCAGAACACCACAAUUGUCCAGCAACAGACCACAAUGGUUUCCAACAACCAGCAACUUGUCACAACACCUCAGAACUUCCCUAGCAGCAACAGCAGUAGCACUGUAGCAUCAGCUACCACACUGAAUGUAAACCAGCAGAACUUCAUUGUUGGGAGCAGUACUACACAGUGUGUCCAGGACAAGAUGCAGCUGAGUCCAGUUCAGCAGAAUAGUAACAGUGCAUCAUCACCACCACCUCCCCCUUCCAGACAAAUUGGCCAGCCACCUCUAAUGAUGAAACACUCUGUCUCAACUCAGACUGCGGUGAACCAGAGUGUCCAGGCAUCCUCAUCGCCAUCAGUAACACCUGGAUCUCUUGUGGUAACAACCAACAGCACAUUUUGUCAGACCUCGACCGCAGCUUCAUCUGGUGGAAGUCCACCUGACACCACAACACACAGUCCAGUAGAUCCUGGAAGUGGGGGCAAUAGCAUCGGUGGUAGUUGUGAUACACGUGCUCUGACACCAUCUGCAGAUACUACUACUCAUUCAACAGGUGUUGGAAGUACAGAUGAUGGUCUGUCAUCUCCUUCACCUUCUUCCUGUCCCGUCACAGGCUCUUGCGGAGGUGUUAGUGCCACCGGAGAGAGCCUUUUAGGAUGUCAGCAGUCUUCUUCUGGAAUAACAGCAUCUCCGAUGCCCAUGGUACAUUGUGUGUCAAGUAGUAAUGAGCAGGACACUUCAGGUGUAGGAGAACAGACUGAAUAUGACUGGGGAGUAAGCAGUGGUAAAGGUAUGUUUGUGAGUCCAACUGUUACCGAGGGGGGAUUCAGCAGCAACGCCUCAAGCCCGCAUCAGACCGAUUACUCUGGAAAGUACGUUGGAACCGAUGUCAUGAUGAGUGUGACUGGUACGGGACAUAUGAUAUGUGAAAGUGAACGGAGAAAAAGUGGUGGGAACAUGUACGUAGAAUCCUCUACAGUCGCCGCAUUCUCUUCAUUUAGUGGGAGUGGUAAUGGCGAGCUUCUUUCCAAGCAGCAACAAGAAGCUGUUGUCAGUUCAAGGCAGUUGUUCGAGUACAAUAACAGUGAUGAGAGGAGAGUUAUCCCUCGGAGUAGUGUGACCCCUAAGCUCUGCACCAGUAGCAGUAACGUGGGGCUUGUUGCAACAGUGGCAGAAAGGGGUGCAAAGCGUAAACACAGUGAUGCCCUGGUCGUCAUGGAAACCCAUCCUCAUGAUAUUCACAGUAUGGAAGAGGAUGAUGAAGAAAGUGUUGCGGAGGAAGGGUCUGGGGGCCUUUCCGAAGGUGACCUUGUCUGGGGGGCAGCCCGGGGAUUUCCUGCGUGGCCUGGAAAGCUGGUGGGACCUGUCGCCGAUGGGGACAAAGUUUGGGUGCGCUGGUUUGGAGGUGAUCGAGCCCUCACCCAGGUCCCAUUGCAGUCCCUGAAGACAUUGUCAGAAGGGCUUGAGGCACACCAUCGAGCAAGGAAGAAAUUCAGGAAGAGCCGUAAACUAAACAGCCAGCUAGAGAACGCAAUUCAAGAAGCUAUGCUCGAACUGGAUCGUAUGACAGAACAGCAGCAGGCGUCACAGUCUGGAACAGUGUCCAUGGCUGUUAGUAAUGAACCAACUGGGCGACUGAGGCGGAACACACAUCGGUGACCUUCUCCUUCAUGUUCUUCUCUUACAUCUUCCAUCCUUUUGUGUCAGACAGUCCAUAUCCUGCUAUGUUGCCAUUCUCAGCUAAUGCUCUUCCAUUACCAUGGUGUCAUACCUCCUUUACAUAAAAUGAUUUAUGAUUUCAAACAGUAUGCCAUGAGUGUGUGAUGAUCUCUACAGCUCAUUCAUUGUUAAGGUGUGCACAUCUUGUUCAGGAUUGGGGGGGGGCUGUGGAAAGGCAGUUUUGUGGUCCUAUGGCAAUGAAAAAUUCAUCACAAAUAAGUAGACAACCACAAGAAAAAUAUGGUUAUCUGUAAAUGAAUGAGGGCUAUAAAACUCAUAGGUCAGUAAUAGUAUCCUGCAGACCACUCGUUAUGUUAUUAGACUGGUAACUUUUACUACGCUUACUAAAUUUUUUUAACUGUGGAGAUCUUAGUACUUCCUACAUGUCACUUUAAAAAAUUAUGAACAUAAAAUUGUUUCAUUUUAAGAUGGAAUGAGAGCAACAUUAUAAAUAGCUGGUAGGUUUAUAGCCACUUACAUGUCUUGUGCAAAUUAAUAAUGCAUUCUAAGACAGCCACGUCUUAGUGAGAUUUUAGGUUGUCAUGACGGUGACUAUGAAGAGUACUGUCUCUAGAAUAUGACAGCAUGUAGCAUGGUUGAAGUUUACUGAUUUUCUAGAGGAAAGUACCACCACCUUCUUCAGGGUUGAAAAGUAAAUCAGGCAGGCAGCAAGCCGAAUACUAUGUUUAUUUCACUUACUCUUUAACUGUGAAGUUGGAGGCAGCAUGUGUCCUCUGAAAUGUCAAGAAACUUUUACAGUACUGCACUGCAGCACGUACCAGAUGCUAGUAUGCUUCCGUUCUGUCGUUCUAUAUUUCUCGCUCAUGGGGGGGGUGGAGUCCAACUGGGUCCACUCGGCAUGGCGGCCACUAAUUGGCCUAUUGUAGCCUGCCC